AUGCAAAGGUCGCUGUCACAGAGUCGAGAUUUCGCCUCGCCGAUGCGCGGCGCGAGGGGCACCCGGGCGCAUGCGUUCUCUCGAGAGCAGAGCGAGGCUUACCGCGGGCAGGAGAAAUUCGGGGACACGGCCUUCACGCGCGCGACAUUUCUGGCCGAGUCCGACGCCGUUGGGACCCGCUCCAGAACUGCCCUGCGAAGACGGGAGGCAGGCGACAGUUUCAGAGACUCGCUAAACGCUCGAUAUGGGCCAGAGCUUCCGGUGAACGUCCUACCUGAAUCGAAGACAGGAGGCCGGGGUCCGCGAGACGUGGAGGACGCAGGGCGUUUUGGGUCGAUGGCCAAUGGACAGAGCGAGUUUCCAAGUUCCAGAGUCCGAGCAACCCUGGACAGCGAAGGGUGUAAGGGAUAUGCGCAGACGCGCCAGGCUCCCUCGCUCCUCGCAACUUCUGAGGUGUAUGGACAGCUGGAGAAGGCGUUGGACAUCGAAUUCGAACGGCCUCUGGAGACCUUGAGGGCCACUCCGCUCUUUUCGUCUUCUCGAAUGGAGUCUGCUUUCCAUGCGACUUGUGCGUCUACGUCCUCGUCCGCGGCAAACGCCCCUCAGAAUCUGAGAAACGAGCAGCCACGGAAAACAGAUAUCCCCAGUCAUCUGCACUCUUCAGAUUUCCAGUCUCUGUCUGCGAGGAAGACACCGCAGGCCUCCAGCCACGACUCAGGUGGCCUGCACUUCCACCGCUCUUCGCGCGUCGCCUCGGAGUCGCCGCCCUCUGGGGAAAGAAAGCCUGUAGAGAGCUCCAGCUCUAGAGACGUUUACUGUGGCUCGUCUCUACAAGCGAGACGCGAAACUCGAAAACCGGAGGCCGCUGUGGCGGCUGCUGAAACUCCCUCGUGGACUCCCAACCUUUCUCGGAGGAGCGCCUCCAGAGGGACCUUCUCGCCGCCCACCGAACGCGCGACGGGUCUCCGGCCGACCUCAGGUGUCUCCGGAAGUGGGGUGUCUGCGGAGACAGCCGGGAGGCGGGCGGAGAAGCCUGAGGCUUCAGGGCCCCACUCCUGCAGGGACGCAGACCAACCGGAGUGGCCUUCGUCGCUCAGAAGCCACUCCCGCGAGUUCGAGACGCUUGCCUCUUCAGGACUUGCCCGCGAAGGGCGCGACCAGCGCCCGACCUCGAGGAGAGAGCGCGAAGUGGGCCUUUCUUCCUUCCCCCAGAACUUGAAGUCUGGUCUCAGUGAGAGCCGCUGCUCCGUCUCCCACAGUCGCGCAUCAAACAGUGUGGCCAGCAUCUCCACAGACACUCCCAGCGGGUUAGCGCCUGCAUACGACCCUUGGCCGCAAGAGAAGGGCAACGCCAGAACGCGUGCGAGCAGAGUCGAGCUCGGGCGACAGAAGGAGCGAGAGAGAGAACGAGACCAAGGCAGAGAACGGCAGAGAGAACAAGAACACGAGAGAGAACGAGACCAAGGCAGAGAGCAGCAGAGAGAGCGAGACUGGCUGUCUCGAGAGCCGGCCAGCGGCCAAGGCGUUGCUUUCUCGGUUCGCGCCUGCGCGGUGGAAGGGCCGACAGAGACGGAGGUUGUGGACCGAAGGAGAGUCGCUGUAUGCAGGGCGGGAAGUCGCGAAGAGAGAUCAGAUAUGAGGUGCACCUCCCUCGUCUCUCUCCCUUUGACUGGGAGGCUGCCCUCCUCGCGCGUCACGCCCUCUGUCUCCGCUGUCUCUGCGGCUGCUCGUCCGGCGACGAGGGCCAGUGUCGAGCGACGCGGUGACGAGACGCCUGCCAUCAUCGGUCGCGUCGCUUCUCUCUCUGGAGCCAUGCGGGAGCGAGAAGGCGAGAAAAGAGAAAGAGAAAGAAGAGCAGGCGAGAGAGAUUCGCAGUGUCGAGGGUCAGCGUUUGUGGGCGAUUCGUCGGGCUCCGAGUCUGCUGAAUCAGGCGCCCCCACUUCUCGUCCCCUUCGAUCGCUUGCCACCGCUUCCACGAAUCUCGCGGCUGGAGUGAGUCGGCUGCCGCCUAUCCCUGUUGCUUCUCAUCGCGGCGUCGCUGCAUUGCUCGAACACAGGACAACCCAACAGACCGGGGCUAUGGUGGCCGAGCUGCGACGCCUCGCGGACGACGUGCAUGCGCUGCGAGACGAGUACCUCGACACAGGGACUGUCUCAUGGGCCUCGGUGCGCGAGAGCGCAACUGAAGCAACCAACGAGAGAGCAGACUACAGCGAACGAAGGCGCUCAGAGAGAGGUCGUCGCGUGUCGAUCACACGCAGAGGCGUCGACUCGGGUCGCGGUCGCGAGGUGGACAGCAGGGGACAGCGCAGAGAGGACCCACGGGCGUCUCUGAGAGAGGAGGCCAGUUCUUGCGUUUCAAGUGCUUUCGCUAGCGAGGCGCGCCUUGGAAAACGGGGUGAGGAAUUUCUAGAUGGACGGAGACGGUCGGAGCUGAUUGCCGCGAGGCGCGUCUCUCAUUCUCUCUCUCCAGGGCAGUUCACUUCUACGGGGCAUGCAGGUUCCACCUGUCGGCAGCGAGACCUGAAUCAGCAGUCUUCCCUUCAUGCUUCCGCGCUCCAUACUUCCCGUCCUCUCCCGUCUCUCUCUCCUUUCGUUUCUAGCGGACUCUUGCCUGAGUCUUCGCUGGUGUCCUCUUCUCUGUCUUCUCGCGUCAGAGUUGGAGGCGCGAGCGAGGCGUCGUCCGCUCUUGAGGCUUCUGUCGGAAAGGGCCGUGUGGCGACUGUAUCCGCGCAGGCCGAGCCGAAUGCAUCGCACCGCAGUGAAGGUGGGGAGGAGUCGAGAAAGCGAGCAGGCAAGGAGCGGGCAGUGUGCAAUCAAAUCACUCCCCUUGCGCACCCUGUCUGUGCACCAGAGGAUGCGCAGCGUCAGGCGAAAGCGCCGUUCUACGAAGCUCGACGCGGCGGGACAGAGCGAAGCCCGCGAGACGGAGGAGAGAACGGAGGGCCGGGAGGCAGACUGCGAGCGACUGCAGAGAGAGAGGUCGUCAAUCUCUCGAGGUUUUACUCAGGAGACAAGGCAGCGAAGGGAAGGUGCGACGAUGUCCUAUCUUCGUCGCUGUACAUACACCGCACAAGCAUAAGCGAAAAGGGGUACCUAGGGGUUCUCCACGCCUCAGUGGGGCCCUCGGUGCAGGCGUCAGUGGACCGCCAAGAGAACCCGGUGAGUCUUGUCUCGCACGUGAGAGGUGGGAGAAAAGAGGAAGCAGUGUGUCUGGAGACGAUGAAGGCAACAGAAAACGCGCGCGAAAAGGAGUGUGAAGAUGAAGAACAUACUGUCAGUUUGAGCACCGGUCAAACGAGUUCCACAGAAGUUGAGAGACUCUUGAAGGCAAGGACUCCCAGCUCGAAGUUGUGGCCUGCCGACCCGAGAGACCUCCCAAGAGCUCAGAGCGGACAAGACCGGCGUCGCGUAGCCUCCGUCUCGGGUGUACGUACAAGUCUGCGACAAAUCUCAGGCGACUCGGAAGCUCGGUCGCCUUCAUUUGUGCAAGCAGUUAAGGAGGACGCGCAGAACAGGGAAGAGAACGACGCCUCGACUCGAGGUCGGAACACCUUCCCAGAGAAGCUUCUGGGAGCGCUUCCGCAGACGUCGUCGACUCCGAUCUCCGAUGACGAAAUGGCCUUUGCUCGAGCGGGUCCUGCUGAGCUUCACGCGCAGACGCCUUGUCCCUCUUCGUCUCCGUUCCCUGUGCAGUCGGCUGCACCUGGCGACUCGCCACCUGUCUGCUGUCACGCACUGUCUGACCCCUUUGGCGCAGGGGAAAGGCCUCGCGGCUCUUCUGUCGGGAUGCUCUUUCCGCCCCCUUCUUCUUCGGCGCUCUUCCCCGCCUCGCCGUCUCUCCGCCUUCGUUACUUGCGUCCGCGGGAGACACUAGGAGAGACGCCUCCGUCCACGCUUUGCAAUCCAGAGGCCGGCGAAGACGCGACCGAUGCGGAAACAGGCCAGGCACCGUGGGAAUGCCAGUCGUCACCUCGACGUGUUGAGGAAACGUGCGAAGCCUCCUCUUGUCUCUGCUCCUGCGUGGAGGAAGACGGAGAUUCAGAGUUGAAACCACGCGAAGAGACGCCACCUUCGUGUCAAUCUUCGCCACCUCCGUCGCCGCUUGAGCCGCCUCCAACUGGGGAAGAACGAAGCAGGGGUUUGGAGGAGAGUGAGGUGGAGGCUCAAGCGGGCGCUUUGGGAAGAGCGUCUGAACUGGCAGGAAUUUGUUCGCUCGUGUUUUCCUCUCUCUGUCUGUGGGCAGGAAAGCGAGAGGCGGGGAACUCGAGAGUGAGCAGUCGCGACCCUGAGCCUGGUGCGUUUCCUUCUCUCCAGUCGAGUCGUCAGCCGGAGUCUCCGACCCCGGCUCGUGGGCCCGCUGUUGCAGAGACGGCAGGGGAGAGAGGAGACAGAGAAAGGUUUGUGUCUCCCUCUAUGGAGGACAGCCGGCGCGAGGCUUUCGAGGAAAUUGGCGCGCGGACACGCGCCCGCGCCGCAAAACGCGCAAGUGAAUGGAGGGCGUUUCUCCGGCUCGUGCGUCGGCGGCAGCUGUCGAGAGAAGGACUGAAGCCUGCGAGUGCCCGCGAGGCCCUCCUUACUCUUGCCGCGCUGUCUCUGUCCUUGCCCCACAACCCGUUGGCGAAGACACCAGCGCCGCAGACACCCCACUGGACAGCAAGUGAGCCCGCCAGUCGACCGCGAGACAAGGCUUGCGGCUGCGUGUGCGAAGUCUGCAGUGAAGAGUGGAUCCGCGCGAGCCUGUUCUCGGGGAACGCCCCCGUCUUUUCCGCGAAUGACGAGGAUUUACGACUCUGCAAGAAGGACCUUGUCCUCCUCUUCCUUCUCCGGAGCCUCUUCAGAGGUCGUCUGGCUCUCCCACUGGAGAAGGCAGCUGGCGGGCCACGGGGCUCCGCAGGCGUUGAGGGGCCCGAGCGGCCAGCCUCGCUGUGGAGGCGCGUCGUCUGUACGUUCACAAGCGGGAGCGAGGGAGGCCCUGUAGUGUCUGGACACCAGGAACGGAGCGCCUCGUUGUGUGGAAGGAGCGAGGGUGAGAAAUCAGGGCGCGCACGCUGCCGAGAGACGGCCGAGAGUCUCGGUUUGACACGCUGGGACGAGGCAGGAAACACAGACGAAAGCCGGAGCGGGGGAGAAGCCGAAACGCGCCCGAGGAAUCCGACAGGAAACGCUUGCCUCGAGGAGGGAACUCUCUGCGAGCCUCGCGAGUGUGGCCUCGUCGCGUGGGCCGUCGCGCAACUCCAGACGCCCCUUCGUACCGGCCGCCUCCACGGGACUUCUCUGUUUCCUGAUGACUGCGACGAAUGCGUCCACAUCGACUUCUCGCCUCUGGUCCGGCGGCUAGCCGACGAGCUUGGCUGUCUCGGCACCGCAGGCGGCCACGCGUUAGACGUGGCCCGUGUCGUGUUCUCGUGCUCGCUGGUGGGCGCGAAGGGAUUCGGGGUUUCUUUCCAUCCGGACAGAUUCGCGUCCGUCUCUUCGUUGCUUCCGGAUACGGACUGCCGACGCCUGCUUCCGGUUGCCGUUUCGUUUGCGGACUGGCUCGCCGCGGGGCGCGCGCCUGCGCCUUCCCAGCCCCGCGGGUGUUUAGACACUCCAGACGCCAUCUUUGCGUUGUUGCUGACGACGACAGCACGCCUCACAGGCUCGGACGUCUCGGCGCGGCCGCUCGCGCUCUGCAACUCGGUUCUCCUCAAAGUUUCUGCGUCGCUGCUUCACCGCUGUGCCUCUCCCAUCGCGAGCGUCGCUGCAUGGCUCCUUGCCGCAGGAGCCGCGAGACUGGCCUCUCGCUCACACGUGUCUCUCUUCGCGGUGCCGCUGCUGCUCGCGGCCGGGGGCGCAGACGGCGGGCCGGGCGGGCCGGCAGCAUCUGAGCGUCUCUCGGGGCCUCUGAAGCACGUGACUUCUGGAGAGCGAGCAGAGAAGGCGCAUCCUCCCGCUUUGCGCCUGAGCACAGGUCGCACCUUUGGAGAAGAGACACAAGAGACGGAAGAACAGCAGUGGAGGAGACAGUUGGAAGAAGUCGAGGAAGAAGAAGGGGAAAUGCUGGCAGAGGCACAGGAGUGCUGGGCAAUGCUGCACGAGUGCAGCUCGGCAGACCAAGGCGCCGCGACUGACUCGCGCGCGAGGAUUUUGAAGAGACGCCUAGAGUGGAACUGUCUCCGUCUAGAGGGGAGGGCCACUGCUCUCGCUGCACGCCGGAGGGAUCUCGAGAGGGCACUCCGCAGCCAGCCGCCAGGGAGAGAGAGAGUCGAUGAAGGAGAGGCGAGGGACAUCACAGCCAAGCCGCGAGAAGGGGGGGAGAAAGGAGAGGGGAGAGAAAAAGACUGGGAAAGAUGCACACCGAACAAGAGGCCUGUUGAUGUCGACGAGGCUAAAGCUGCUCAACUGGUCGACCUGCUCUGGGGCCUCACAGUGUGCGGAGUUUCUGCUCGGCCUAUAUUUGGAGAGAUUGUGCGCGAGGGGGUCCUGUCCAGCGCGGCUCCGCACUUGUCCCUGGAGGACCUUUGCUGUGUGGCGUGCGCCUUCGCUAUUCAGGCAAGCCCCUUGGAGACAUUCCUUUCCCCCGACUCAGACGACGACGUGAAUGCGGAUGCAGAUCAGUCCCCGAAUGCAGCAAGUUUCCCAGCGAAAAACCUGAAGCCUGGCUCUCUCGCACCACAAUCGCCGUCGCCGGUAUCAUGUCGGUUUUCGGCAGACCAAGGAAGAGCGGGUUUAAAAUCUGAGGCUGCGUCGCCUGCCAGUUCCACCCGCCUUUCUCUGCUCGCAGCUGACCAGCACAGAGGUGAGCUACCCUGCGGAGAAGCCCCGAUAAGCAUGAACCGUCUGCGACCUCCGUCUUCGUUCUUGGACAGAAACAUCGCGAACCGACUCAAGUUCUACGCCGGCCUCUGCGCUCCGCACAUUCGCAAGACCGACCUAUACCAGGCACACCUAGGUGGCGACCUGUGUUUGACGCUUCGUAGUCAAGGCAGUCGCAGUGAGGAGAAGGCACGUGAGGACGGGGCGGCAAGAGCGAGAGAAGAAGAGAGCGAAGGCUGCGAGGGCGGCGGCUGCACGGUGAGUCGAGUGGCGGCGCUCGCGCCAAGCGAAGAGAGAGUUGUAGUGUUUUCACAGCUCCGAGACAGCUGGCUCGGACGCGCCUGGGCUGCAGCGACAGAGGAAAGGAACGAUGAGUUCGCCAGCCUGGCCAAGGGUGCAGUGAGAGACAUUACAGCAAUCAUCUUCUCUCGACAAACGAGACAGGGCGACCUUGAGGGGAAUCCCAGAUAUCGGCAGGAAGUUAAACUGAACUGUGGUGCCUGGGCGUGCUUGAAGUACGCCCACCGGCGUCUCGGGGCUGCGGACGCUCGGCCCUGGGGCACCCAGUUGAGUGCACUCGCGAGGCGGGAGUCGGGUGAGGGCGAAUCUUGCUCCGUGUCCUUGAGUCAAAGUCGAGAUGUGUUCUCGAUUCGCGACAUGCAGCCUCUCGCGGCCUGCGCUGCAGACAAGAAGAGCAGCGGCCAGUCGCGAUCUCCCCGUGGCCAACAAAGUGGUGGGUACACUCGCGCCUGGGACACUCUCGUCCCUCCUGCGACGACGAAAAGCUUUCCAACAGAGACGGACUGUGCCUCGCAGCAAGGGAGAGAACGAUCUCGCAAAGACGAGAACAGCGGUGGCGUCGCUCUCGAAGCCGGCGCUGGAGCACCGCACCGAGGAGAGACAGAUGCGGUGGGGCCGGCAGACAAGGACGAAGCUGUCCCUGGAAGAGACCGCGCUCUUGCCGAAGUGUCGCCGCUGCCCCGGAGACGUCCCGAGAGAACAGGCGCGACGGGGACACGGCGAGAGGAAAGGCUGUAUGCGCCAGGGGGCAGACUGGCGGAGGGCGAAGAGACAGGAGAGAGUAGCUUCGGGGACAGGCCGCUGCGUCUCGUCGACCUGGCGGAGUCGCCUCUUGCUGUGCCAACUCGUGACUCAAGUGGUGUCGGCGACUGUCUUGCCUACCACUCAAGUGAACAAGGCGACUUUCAAGGAGGAAGCGGUUCUCGCUGUCUUGCACGAAGCGCGUGGGUGCACGAGAGGGGCGGCGGGGGGCGAGAUUGCAUGGAGGAAGAACCGACGCUCCUGUUGGAGGCGGACAACGAUUUCUUCUCCUUCUUCGGAGAGAACGACGUCAUUGCUUUCCAGGGUAAGACAGAGGCGCGGCCUCGCGAACAGGAGUUCGAAUCGGACUGGCCACCUUUUCCCCAGCCCCAGUCUGGCUCGACGCAGCCCUGGGAAGGAGCGGGAGAUGCGUCGGAGAAAGGACAGAGUGGCAGUGACGAACACUACAUGUGCGACGAGGAAGAGGACAUCUUGUCUGAAGACGAUGACGAAGAAGAGGGCAUUUUGAAACCGCUUUUCAGGUUCGUUCUAUCUGUGGCGAUACGCGGAGGGGCGUAUGCAGCCUAUCUGCUGAUGGGAUAUGCGCUGAUUAUCUUGGCCACGACUGGAUUGUGGGUAAGCUCGUCUGCCGCUGGACGGCAGGGCCCUGAAGACAGUGCCUUGGAGCUAGCUGCUCGAGACGCAUGCGAUGCGAAGCUCUCCUUCCGUGCAAAGGGCGGAAGAGGCUACGAUAAAUAUGGGGAUUUCUAUCAAUGA